GAGAUUUUUUCCUAUGCAGACAACACUCAGAUAGGAGCUGUUAGUAUUUUAUAAUAUUAAAGACAUUGUAAGAGAGCAGGACAGUGAAGCACUGAAUUUACCAAGUCUGCUUAUUGUUGCUUUAUCUGGGGAAGUCCUCUUAGCCAAGUUUAGUUCUUGAUUGAAUUAAAGGUCACGCGCCUCCCUUCCCCCUUUCACUUUGUCUCUCAGCAGUCCGACUGACACUUCAGGAGGAACCUGACAAACUGCUGCUUCAGUCAAGAUGUUCCUGUGCUGUUGGCUGCCUCUCGUGGCGUUAAUACCUAUGACUUUAGGCACCAAUCCUGGGGUAGAGGUCAGGCUUACAGAAAAAGGCCUGGAAUAUGGCAGACAACUGGGGAUGGCUUCGAUCCAGCAGAAACUUAAAACCAUCAAAGUCCCAGAUAUAUCAGGGUCACAGAAGGUGUCUCCCAUUGGCAAGGUCCAGUACAGCCUGUCGAAUCUGCAAAUCGUGGAUGUGGGAUUACCGAAGUCGGCACUGGAUUUGGUGGCAGGGACUGGUGUCAGACUGUCCAUUGGUAACGCCUUCCUCCACCUGCAUGGAAACUGGAGGGUCAAAUACAUGAAAAUAAUAAAGGACAGCGGCUCCUUUGAUUUGAAUGUCAAUGAUCUCACUAUCGCUACAAGUAUUGCCAUUAAGAGCGAUGAGACAGGCCGACCUGUGGUCAGUAGUGUCAGCUGCAAGGCCGCUGUCGGCAGUGCGAGCAUCAAAUUCCACGGUGGAGCCAGCUGGCUGUACAAUCUCUUCAAAGACUUCAUUGAUAAGGCUUUACGAAAUGCACUGCAGAAACAGAUCUGCCCUCUGGUGGCUGAUGCAGUAUCUGAUUUGAACCCUCGGUUGAAAACUCUCAAUGUUGUAGCCAAGGUGGACCAGUAUGCAGAGAUUGAAUAUGCCAUGGUGUCAUCACCCACAGUGUCAAAUUCUUCUAUAGACUUGAGCUUGAAGGGCGAAUUUUACAACAUCGGGAAGCAUCAGGAGCCUCCGUUCUCCCCCGCAGCCUUUUCCCUGCCGUCCCAGAUCAACAACAUGUUGUACAUCGGCGUGUCGGUCUUCACCGCCAACUCUGCGGCCUUCGUCUACAACACAGCUGGAGCCCUCGGCCUGUACAUCACUGAUGAUAUGAUCCCACAUGGCUUUCCCAUCCGACUCAACACCAGAACGUUCGGAGACUUCAUCCCACAGAUUGCCAAGCGUUUCCCGGGUCUGAUGAUGAAACUGCUGGUGAAGACGGUGAAAAAUCCCGUCAUCAGUUUUGAACCCAACAAUGUGACAGUUCAGACGACUGGCACAGUGACGGCCUACGCUAUCCAAGCCAAUACCACACUCUCCCCCCUCUUUGUCCUAAACUUGGAGACCAGUGUCAGCGCAAAACUGUUUGUAACAGAAAUGAGGCUGGCUGGAGCUGUCACCCUAAACAAAAUGACUCUGACCUUGGGGAAAAGUUAUGUGGGAGAGUUUCAGGUCAAAUCCCUCCACUGCAUCCUCCAAAUGGUCCUCAAAGUGGUAGUGAUACCUAUCGUCAAUGUUGAACUUGCAAAGGGAUACCCACUUCCUACACUUGGAAAGAUGAAGCUUGUGAACACUCAGCUUCAGGUCCUAAAGGACUAUAUUCUGAUUGGGACAGAUGUUCAGUUCGUGGGCUGAGCGUCAUUUCUGGAAAACUCCCAGAAUUUAUUUCAUGUCGCCAUGAAGACACAAUCACAGCCAACGAGUUCAACUGCCUGAGGGAAAACCAAUGAAUAAUGUACAAAUCUUACUUCUACUACAAGCCUGAGAAAUGCAGAUGUCCUGUUUGCCUUUGGAUAUAGUCAGUUUUUUUGUAUUUUUUCUUUAUAAAAGUUCUGUUCUUUAUAAAAAAAAAAAUCUUUUUCUUUUUAACUCAGAUCAGAUUUCUUCUACAUAUUAAAUGUAGAUGGGAGCAGUGAACAUUUUCCAACUGCAGUCGUGUCACAAGAAAACAGGACACCGUCUGCAGGGCAGGGUUUGCUGUAGUCACCAAAAUCAGCUUGUUUUUUGUUUUUUAAAUAACAUGCUCCUUCCAAAGCAGAUGACUGCCCUUUCUGCUGCUGAUUUUAAUCAAAAUCGUCUCCACGUCUGCCUUUGUAGCUCACAGAGAGAUUCCACAAAUCUGCCGAUCUGUGAUAUUUUUACUGCAGUUUGAAGAGAAAUACCACAAAAUAAAUCAAGAACCAGACAAAACAAAUCAGUCGCAGUUAAAUGUAUCAAACAAAUAUAAUUUAGAUCAUCCAAACCAGUUUCAGCAUCUUAAGCAGUUCAACAUGUACAAACUACAUACUUAGUCGUGACUGUAAAAUGAACAUAAUCCAGUCCAACAGCCUCCAUGUGUCGUCAAAGUCAUUCAAGAAAAGAAGGCAUGUGUGCUAGUUUUACCGGACAAUAACGAUGCUUCCUGCUGUGUCACCUGUGUCAAUCAAGAGCAUCUUUCAAUCAUGGUUGUGUCUGAGGCCACAUGUUCACCAAGCUGGUGCCUUGGCAGAGUCUCGGAGUGCUGCGCUGUCCCUCUCAGGGAGCUGUGACUAAGGGCUCGGCCUCUCAGGCUCUGGGAGUUGGCCGACAAUAUCUAUAUUUAAAAGACACAAAACAUUAAAACAACGAAUGAUUAAAUGAUGAACUCUUUGAAGCAGAUAAUGCCUUGUAGCUCUGGGCUGUGAUGGUUGUUAAAAUGUCUGACAGGGAACUACUUUAUAACUUGACCCAUUUUUUUUUUUUUUUUUUAAGGAUGGUUGUUGUAUCACGGUUAGACAUGAGUCUGCCUACAUCUGAACACCUGCAAGGGAUUGUUCAUUUUAAGAUGAGUACAAACACGUUUUUGUACUCCAUCUUUAAGUAAAUGUUCCCAAUAUUUGAAAAAGAGCCGUAGAAUUACAGAGUUUUAGGGCAAUCGCAAUAAGAAUAUUUGAGAUAACAAAUACAUCAAUUUUAUUUAUUUUUUCAACAUAAAAACAAAAAUGCCCCUGAAAACAAAGCGUUUCACUGUAACAAAUAUUCAUGACCAAAUUGAGUUAUUAACACUUAACAACUCAGCUCAUCUGCUCCAAUAGGACUGCUUAUGUGUGGUUUGAUCAGAUUUAUGUGACAGGUAACUCUAGGGCUGGGUACCGAAUUCAAUACUUUUUAGGCAUUGAUCUAAUUGCUGCUAAACUAUUGAUUAUAUUUCAAUACCUAAGGAGUAAAUCUCAUCAGCGUCAGUGAGCCAAUAAGCACGUUACGGCCGAGACCUCAAAAUGUUUGUGAUUGGCGGACUAACGUUACACGUCGUAUGGACACG